AUGGGAGCUACAGAAAAUUCCAACAUUAUCACAACCCUUCAUCUGUUCUUCAUCUUCCUUUCUCGGUGUUCAGUCUCCUCCCAAGGCAAGUCCUUGGGCCAAAAGCAGCAGCGGAAGCCAUGCAAUACCUUGACUUUCAUUUUGUACAACGGCUCCAAUGCUGGGAAUGCGACUUCGGUGAUCGUGGCGGCGCCGGAGGGUGGCAACCUCACGAAGCUGGCAGCGCAGUUCCAUUUCGGGAACAUUGUGGUGUUCGACAACCCAUUGACGAAGAACAACGAUACGACGGCGGAGCAGGUGGGAAGGGCGCAGGGGUUCUGCCUGCAGCUCAUGGGGACCGACCCCAUCCUGAUGAAAAGCAGGAAUUUGUCGGUGGUGGGGGGCACCGGCGACUUCGUCAUGACCAAGGGAAUUGCAACAAUUGCUACUCUCAGGAUAGAUUCGGUUGAGUGGGGGUUGUCCUUUCGGUUGCUGAUUGACAUCAAGCUUUAUGAGUGUUGGUGA